UUCGAAAAAUUCGAUAGUGCGAGUGACAACAAACGGCAGUGGAAACUACUGGAAUUUCUUUCACAUAUCCCAUAAAAGCAAAUAGAAAGGCCGAAAUACGUAAUAGCUGCGUUCGUUCGACAAGUAACGAUAUCGCAUAAGACGAAAUAGUCGCGUGACACAUACUCGUUGCUAAUUUUUUUUCGUUGAUGAAGGUUACUCUUGCAUCUUAUUUCCUUGUAUGGAAAACAGUUAUUUCCUUUAUGUUGCAUUUAAAGAACAUAUCAUGUUUGAACGUAAUUGAUGUAUAUGUUAAAGAAUCAUUACUGUAGUGGAAUUCUAUCUUUGGACUCUUUACUCUCUUAAAUGCUACAAGUGACAGUUCACUGAUGUUGUUUUGACAGUCAGAACUCUUUGGCUGCAUUAAAGAAGUUUGGUGCACAAGUGUACAAGUGUGAUACGAAGAUGAGUUCGCAUCAUCAUUUGAGUUUGUCUUCUGGUGAAAUAGAUCACAUCCACUUUGUCUCCGAAGAUGUAGGAGCCCUGUACCUUUCGGAAAAGUAUUCAGACGUGACGAUAGUGGUGAGAGGACACAAAUUUUACAGUCACAAGCUGAUUCUUGCAGCACGUAGUGAUUAUUUUCGGGCUCUGUUAUUCGGAGGCAUGAAGGAAUCUGCACAGGACGAAAUAGAAUUGAAUACUCCCUCAUUAACCGCAUUUAGAAGCCUGCUCAAAUAUAUCUAUACUGGACGUAUGUCUCUUGCUAACGAACGCGAUGAGGUAAUAUUAGAUACCCUCGCGUUAGCUCAUUUAUAUGGAUUUGUAGACCUUGAAGCUGCAAUAUCGGAUUAUCUUAGAGAAAUAUUGAACAUAAAAAAUGUAUGUUCAACUCUAGAUACCGCACUCUUGUAUCAUUUGAAGUUUUUAACUAAGGUUUGCCUUGAAUACAUGGAUAAACAUGCAUCCGAAAUCAUUCAACAUGAGAGUUUUCUCCAAUUGAGCCCAACAGCUCUAAGCGAACUGAUUUCUAGAGAUUCCUUCUAUGCACCGGAAAUAGAAAUCUUUAAAACUGUAAAUAAGUGGGUAAAAGCCAACCCUCAUGUUGAAGCAAGUGAAGUGAAAGCACAUUUGAGACUGCCUUUGAUGGGGGAGUUGGAUAUUCUGCUUACCGUGAGAUCAUCCAAAUUAUUCUCGGAUACAGCCCUUGUGGACGCGUUGACCGUGCAGAUAACGGUGCCCAACUGGAAACUGCCUCAUCGCGGCCGACUGCUUGUCGAUGAAAACGUUGCCAGUCAGAUGCUCGGUGCUCAAGUUCUACAAGGGGAAAUGCGCAGCUAUCUGCUUAACGGAGAUACGCACAAUUACGACAUGGAACGUGGCUACACCAGGCACACCAUAACCGACACGCAAGAGCAUGGGAUUCUAAUUCAAUUAGGGACGCAAUAUAUUAUAAAUCAUAUAAAAAUGUUGCUGUGGGAUCGAGAUAUGCGGUCUUAUUCUUAUUACAUAGAGGGAUCGAUAGAUCAAAAAGUUUGGUUCAGGAUCAUCGAUCACACAGAGUAUUCUUGUCGCAGUUGGCAGUAUUUAUAUUUUGAACCCAGGGUAGCUCUUUAUGUUCGUAUUGUAGGAACUAAUAACACAGUGAACAAGGUUUUUCACGUCGUUAGUUUUGAAGCGUAUUAUACAAAUCAUACGGAGAAACUUUCAAGAGGCUUUAUCGUGCCAACGCAAAAUAUUGCUGUUACGGAAAGAAGCGCCUGUGUCGUUGAGGGUGUGAGCAGGUCACGUUAUAAUUUAUUGAACGGAGACACAUCCAAUUACGAUUGGGACAGCGGUUACACGUGUCAUCAACUCGGUUCUGGAUCGAUUCUGGUGCAAUUAGGCCAACCGUAUAUGAUAGAUUCUAUGCGAUUAUUACUUUGGGACUGCGAUAAUCGCUCCUACUCAUAUUACAUAGAAGUGUCGGGCAAUUGCUGCAACUGGGUAUUAAUUGCCGACAAAACGAAAGAGUCCUGUCGGUCUUGGCAAACGAUACGUUUCCAUCCACCCCGUCCAGUAGUUUUUAUACGCAUAGUAGGAACUCACAAUACUGCGAACGAGGAAAUUGCGUUGUUUCAGGUGUUUCACUGUGUUCACUUCGAAUGUCCAGCGCAAUUGGAUGAUAAAUCUCCGAAAUCACCAACACAACGAGGACAAUCGUCAACAUCAUCGGAUAGUAGUAAUAUCUUACCCCCUCCGCCUCCCGAGGUCGCUACGGAAGCAGUUCAUAUCGAUAGCGAUGACUCGUAAUUAAAGCGAUAGGUGAGCGUUGAAACGCGUCAAGACGAAAUGCAUGUGACAGCUCUACCAAUGAUUCUGUAGUUGCUGCUCUUAUUCUCUAAGCUAGAUGAAUUUGACGAAUUCGUCGAGUGACCUCAAUGCAACUUUUAAGACUGUUUAAUAAUAAUCGUUGAAUAUAAAAUUGUAAUUAGUCAUUUUGUUUCCUUGUUUACGAGUUUGAUUUUUAUAUAUAUUAUUGCGUCUCAAUGACUUUAAAUAUAAGUAAUACACGCGGUGGUUGUUAAUUUUCGUAAUCACAGAGGUAUAGAAAUUAGUCAUCUUUUGCACAAAUACUCGAUUGUGUUACAGCAAAGUUUUUUUUACAUGUUGCAGCGUAUGUGUAAAAUUUUAUCUUUUUAUGAACAAAUGUUUGUAAUAUUUAAAAGAAUAUCGUAAUUUAAUGCAAUAUUUUUGUCGAGAACAUUUUUAGUCUUAUAUGUAAUUGUUCCCUGCAUUUGAAAUAUUGUAUCAUUUACUGUAAAACUUGCCAACACUAUGCCAUGUAUUUAUCUUUCCAUCUUAAAUAAUCGUUUUCACUCGUCUAAAUUAUCGAUUCUAAUUAUAAAUGUCCGUAAAUAUUUAGAAUAUGUAAUACUUCAUUCAUAUGGAUUCUUUGUGUCUGUUAAAUCUUGCAUAACGUACUAAUUUUCACACACUGGGAAAGGUACUAAUUUAUUUACAUACUGAGCGUGCCAAAGUCAAAAGAUUUGUAUCAAUUGAACAUGUAAUCUAAAUUCAUUAUUUUUAUAUUUUCUAAAUCGCAGGUCUGAGUUUUCUUACAUUUUUAAAUAUGUUACAGUAAAGUAUCAUAAGGAACGAAAGAUUGUAAAAAUGAGGAAAAAUUAGUAACCGCACAAAUUAUUUUAGUUAGAAACCGUUUUAGAAACUUUCGUUUUCAUGUUACCAAAUAUUUUCUAAGCACGCGAUUACGUAUAUUAAUAUUCUGUUAAUAUAAUGGUGUCUGGUUCUACAGUAUUUUUGAUUAUACAUCUUUUUGUAUCAAUUUUUAUUAUAUGUUUGAUUUUUGUACACAUAUAUAGUGUAAACCAUUAUUUUUCUAGUCUAAAUUUGUAUGUAGAUGUAAUGUGUCUCAGAAAUCAGAAUAUAAUAAAUUAUAUGAAAGAAUUUAAUAUUGCUAUUAUA